UGAUGUGGGCACAAUCGACGGAAACGGGACCGCCGAGGACAGCGUUUCCAGCGUCGCGCGUUGGCCUUACGUCCCUCGUACGUCACUUUCGUAUUCGCCGGCACAUGCUCAAAAGCCUUUGACGAUGACCAACCAAACAUUGGACGGUGACGCGCUUAUGGCGCUGGCGACUCCCAGGACGGAGCUGGAAGCGACGCUGGACCAGACGCUGGCAUUGCUGCGCACGGCGCUCAAGACCUCACAGAGCGUGGCACGGGACGACGCACUGCAGCGCAAGGCUGCCCAGGUGGCCGCAUUGGCUGCAAAAGUGCAGCGCCAAUGCGCAGACGUCGCCUCCAAGCAGUUCGAGCCACUGCAACCAAGCCAUGAUGCAAGUGAGAGCUGGAGCAGCAGCACCAAGCUGCAGGACGCCGCCCCGCAGCCCUCUGUGUGGUCCGGAUUCUAUAACAAGACGCUACGCGAGCGAUUCGACGUGCUGGCGCUCAUGUACCCGCGCCUCAAGACGCUCAAGACGCAGCACGCUGGAGGUGCAGACGUGGCCGCCGACAUCCUGCCGCAUUCGGACCCGGCGGCUAAACUUGGCGAGCUGCCGCUGCGCACUGCCAACCUCAUGAUCGAGAACUGCAUCGGCGUGCUUGGCGUCCCACUUGGUCUCGGUCUUAACUUCGUCAUCGACGGUAAGAGUCUGUCCGUGCCUAUGGCUGUCGAAGAACCCUCGGUUGUGGCAGCAGCCUCCAGUGCAGCUAAACUUGUGGCUGCUGCUGGCGGUGGUUUCCACACGGCGACAUCCGGCAACAUCAUGACGUCUCAGAUCCAACUAGUGGGCACGGAGGAUAUCCCGGCAGCUAUCGCAGCGAUCGAAUGCAACCGCGAGCGAUUACUGUCGUUCGCCAACACGACGCUCUGCCCCAACAUGAAGAAGCGUGGCGGCGGUGCCGUUGACAUUUACUGUCGUGUGGUCAGCCAGGCCGCCCGUACUGCUGCCACUGCCGCUGCUGGCAGCGCCUGGUACACUCCGUGCGACGACGAACUCGUAGUGAAUGCCUCUGAAUCUCAGACGCAGUUUCUGGUCGUGCACAUCGACGUUGACGUGUGUGAAGCCAUGGGAGCCAACAUUGUCAACACCGUUGCAGAGGGUCUGUCCGAAGAAGUGUCCAAGAUCACGCGCAGUCGUGUGGGUCUGCGUAUUCUCACCAACCUCUGCAUGCAGCGCCGUGCUCGCGCUGAGUUCGAGAUUCCUCUGAAGAAGCUCGGAUGGAAGGGAGUGGAUGGUGAAGACGUGGCGAACCGUAUUAUUGAGGCCUACAAUUUCGCUGCUAUCGACCCGUACCGUGCAGUGACCAACAACAAGGGAAUCAUGAACGGCGUGGAUGCUGUUGCUGUGGCCACUGGACAGGAUUGGCGCGCUAUUGAGUCGGCUGCGCACUGCUAUGCUAGCCGUUCGGGACAAUACGCCUCGCUUUCGCACUAUGAAAUCGGAGUUGCUCGCGAUGGUUCCGGAACGCGCGUACUGCGUGGCAGCUUGGAGAUGCCGAUCGCGGUUGGAUCCAAGGGCGGAGCGUUGAUGACUCACCCAGGUUACACGGCCACGCACGCGAUUCUGCAGCAGCCGACAGCUCGCAACUUGAGCGGCAUCAUUGUGAGUGUUGGUUUGGCCCAGAACUUUGCGGCAAUUCGUGCUAUUGCAGUGACGGGUAUCCAGAAGGGCCACAUGGCUCUCCACGCUCGAAACAUUGCUGUGGCUGCUGGUGCUCCCAGUGAACUUGUGUCUGAGGUGUGCAGCUACAUGUUGCUGCGAAAGUCGAUCAACGUGGAGACGGCCAAGGAGUAUUUGCAUGCGCACGCUGUGUUCUCUGAGAUCCAGAGCAACUCCCCACCAAUCUCUCCAGUAUCGGUGACGCUGCCGUCGAUGUUCUACGUGGAGAUUCCGAUCCCAGAGCUGGAGGACACGAUCAGUCUGAACAUCGCCUUCGAGGCCACCAAUAAGCACCCGCAGUACAUCGCUAUCAUUGCACCGAGCAAGAGUGACAAAACCCUGACUACACUGCAGCGGCAGUUGCUGGGCGACAAGGGCUACAACCAACUUGAAAAGAUGUUCAAGUUCCUGGCCUCUAUGCGCUCCAUUGUCAUUUCCGCUUCGAGCUCAGAGAGCGACCUGCUGCUGUCGCGCUCGAACGUCGGGCUGCAGAACAAGCUGCAACUGCUCUCCAUCCUCAUCAACAUCAUUGCAUACCGUCUCAUGGAGGUGCGCCCCGACAAGGUCCGUACGUUCAUGCGGCAGCUCCUUGGGGCGAGCAGCGGAUCUGCUAACGGAGCCAACGACGGCGAGAUGCACGAGUUGGACGCCAAGUUCUUCCACGACCUGAUGGUGGAGAAUGUGGAUCCUGAUGACGAGAUUCUGUCGACGGGUUUGCCUCUGUUCCUCGCUCUGUGGCAAGUGUUGCACUAUCACAUUGAACAGGAAGUGCCGCACAAGUUGCUCCGUGCUCGUCUCGUUAAGGAACAGUGGGGAUUACUGAACGACAUCGUCCGAAGUUACGAGCUCGGCACGCUUUCUAACGAUGCAGCUGCUGCCACUGAGCAACCGUUAGAGGAGAAAUUCUUGGCGUACGUCGCAGUGCAGGCUACGCGUUGGCAAGCCACGUUGCUGCUGCUGAUCGACUCGUUGGCACUGGCCUCGGAGCUGGUGACACCGGAGCGGUUGAACUUCCUGGCUCGCAUCGGUGAGUACAUGGAGUGGGAAGGCUCCAUCGCACACGACGUGGCACGCUAUCAGCGCGACGCUACCGAACGUGUGCCCAACGCCUUCCUCUUCUGGCUUUCCCAGCGCCGGAUUCCUCACGCAGAGGGCAAGAAGUACGAGCGUGAAUUCCGUGACGUGGCCGACGCCUUGGCUUCCGAGAAGUGGGACCAGCUACUGCAGGAGGCUCGACGGGAUUCGUGGGCUGCUGCCACCUUCUCAUUGCCAGCGGUGGAGCGUGUCAUCGGCCUCAUUCGCGAGAUCUACGGCGACCACAGCGGCCGCAGCAUCCGGAAAGAAUCUUUUUAAAGGCUGGAGAUCAGUCAGAAACCAGGAGUUGGAACCAACAGGAGGAAGACGAUUACACCUCUUGUAUGAUGUUAGGACCAUGUAGGAUGUAUCCUCGAUAGAUAAACCAUUCAAAGUAGAGCUUCAACAAUGAGCAUAUGGGUAGUAGACUGACUCCAUUCUUGCAUUGACUUGAUCACUCCGCACUUGGUGCUACAUCGUUCGUCUCCUGUUGCAGCAGCACGUAGGCCACGGCGUAGUCUCCGUCGUGUGAAAUCGACACCAUUGGUUCCUGUCCAAGUACACCGCACCAAGUCGCUUUGCCAGUGCCUCCGUCUCACCCGAGAACUGCAGCUUCAGCGCCUUGGAGUUUUCCGUCACCGGCAAAGCCGUUGGGACUGCGAGCUCCUCAUUUCCCCUUCGCACUGCGUGGAUCUCGGGAAACGGCACGCGGUAUCGCUGGAAGGCCUUGAACGUUGCCUCCUUGACCGCCCACCGAGACGCCAGGAACGUCGCCUGCUCGGCGUUCGGCCGCGCGUAAAACGCGGCAAUCUCCUGCGGAUGCAAGGUGCGUGCCAGCAGCCGCUCCCCGAAGCGCACAAAGCUCUGCUCGAAGCGUGACACCUGCGCUAUGUCAACGCCGAUGCCGAACACCCGCCGCGCCAUGACUUGCUGUGAGAUAUCGGGCGAGGAUUGGCUGUUAUUCUGUCGCAAUCUUAGCCUUCAUCCACCGUAAUGACGUCGCUGGAAUGCCAAGCCGCGUGGCUUGCUCCCUUCCAGAGAGACCUGUGGGUAGAUUACGGAUGUCACGAGCCACGUCGUCGGGAGUUUACUUGGGCGGUCGUCCAGCGCGACCGCUUCUGUGCUUGCCGUUAAUAACGUCACGGAGAGUUUGCUUCCUACAUUGUACUUGUAGCUAUAGCCCACGUCAGACUUGCCAAAACUACGACCCGCUUUCUAGACCAUU